AGCUCCUCAAUGUCCACAGCACAGAGCUUAAUCCAGCCAUGACCUCUUCCAUGCUGCCCGGUGUCUUCUCCCUGAGCCCCUUUGAGCUCUUGUACUAUGCAGCCUCCCUGUGCGCCCUGUACCUGCUCUACAAAGUCUCCAGUCUCUACCUGACACGGAAGAAACUGGAGAGAGUGUUCAGCGCUUUCCCAGGCCCGAAACGUCACUGGCUGUAUGGCAACGUCCCUGAGAUGAGACAAAAUGGGAAGAUUUUGGACAUUGUCAGUGGGUAUGCAAAACAAUUUGACUGUGCCUUCCCCAUGUGGCUUGGAAGUUUCUUUGCCUCUCUCACUGUCUAUCAUCCAGACUAUGUGAAAGCCAUUCUGUCUAGGCAAGAUCCGAAGGACAACUUUGCCUAUUACUUUCUAACACCAUGGAUUGGGAAAGGUCUGCUGGUGCUGUCAGGACAGAAAUGGUUCCAGCACCGAAAACUGUUAACCCCGGGAUUCCAUUAUGAUGUUCUGAAGCCGUAUGUCGGAUUGAUGUCCAACUGCGCUAAUGUCAUGCUGGACAAAUGGGAGAGACUGGUCCCAGAUAAGAACCCAGUGGAACUUUUCCAUCAUGUCAGCCUCAUGACCCUGGACUCCAUCAUGAAAUGCGCCUUCAGCUAUGAGAGCAAUUGCCAGCUGGACAGUGAAAAUGAAUACAUCAAAGCUGUGUAUCAGCUCUCGCAACUGGUGCAAUACAGGACCCGCUGCUUUCCGUAUCACAAUGAUUUUAUUUUCUACUUGAGCCCACAUGGAUUCCGCUUCCGGAGAGCACUGAGAAUAGCGCACGGACACACAGAUAAAGUCAUCAAACUGAGGAAAGAAUCACUAAAACAGGAGACGGAGCUCGAGAAGAUCAAACAGAAGAGACAUUUGGAUUUUCUGGAUAUCCUGUUAUGUGCCAAGGAUGAAAAUGGUCGGGGACUGUCUGAUGAAGAUCUGCGGGCAGAGGUGGACACAUUCAUGUUUGAGGGGCAUGAUACCACGGCCAGCGGCGUCUCCUGGACAUUUUAUUGUAUGGCUAAAUACCCCGAGCACCAGGAGAAAUGCCGGGAGGAGAUCAGAGGGGUCUUGGGCAAGCGGACCACAGUAGAGUGGGAGGACCUGGGUAAGCUGCCAUACACCACUAUGUGUAUUAAGGAGAGCAUGCGUCUGUACCCACCUGUACCAGGAGUGGCUCGGGAACUUAAAGAGCCAAUCACAUUCUUUGAUGGGCGGAGCCUGCCAAAAGGUACCAGCAUCUUUCUCAGCAUAUUUUGCAUGAACAGAUCUCCCAGUAUGUGGGAAAACCCUGAGGUUUUUGAUCCACUGAGGUUUUCACCCGAGAAUGCAUCAAAGAGACAUUCACAUGUGUAUGUUCCCUUCUCCGCUGGAUCAAGGAACUGCAUAGGACAGAAUUUUGCUAUGAAUGAGAUGAAGGUCGCCCUUGCUCUGGCGUUACUGAGAUUCAAGUUUAGUACAGACCCCGACAAUGAGCCAAUGAAGAUGCCUCAGCUUGUCCUACGUUCCUUGAAUGGCAUCUACAUAAAUCUAAAGAAAAUAGAAAGAACAGGAUAAUGCCUGAAUACUGUAGUCUCUGUGAUUCUUUCACGUCUGUAUUGUUUAUGUUUAUUGUACAUUCUACAAUUUGUCAGACUAUGUAUUAAAAAAUAAAAUAGUAUAAAAUAAAAUACAAAAAUAUAAAAUAAAAAUAGUAAUUAUAUAUUGCUGAAUUCCAAAGGAUCUUAUGUG